CGUUUUUAAGGGACUGGUUUUUCUUUCACACUGAUCACAUGUUCAGCUUCUCGUGUCUCCCUGUCAUCCGUCAGUUCACCUGUGUGGCUCUAAAGAGGCUCUCACCUGAGGGAGUACACGAGCGUGUAAUGGGAUCAUUAUGGACGGAAAAACGAGCUCCACUGUAUUAUUCAAUGAGGUGGAGACGUUAGGCUGCGGGCUGAGCCGAUCCGCACCUUCUGCUGUCAGAGUUCCCCUCACCCCCCACAACCCCCCCAGCCGUGUUUCCAGGAAACUCCGAUUAGAAAGAAGGAAAACGUUGCACCUGUGCACGUGGAGCUUGAAUGGGCUUGGCCCGAGGAAACCCAAACCUUCAUUAAAUGUUCAGCACGUCUGGAGUUCUCAAGUGUUUGGUCUCCAAUAACCACAUGAGUGAGAGUGUUUAAUGGCACAUUUAGAAUAGCACCACUCCUGGAAAAGCAUCCCGUAGGAUCCAGAGCCUGGAAAUCCAUCACAAUCCCACAGACUGUCUGCUCACCUCCAAAGAUUUGGGUUGAAAUUAAAGUCGGAGCUUUCAUCUCUCAGGUGUGGAAGCUCCUGAUUAUCCAUCAAGUGAGGAGCUGCAGCCGCCGUCUCCAUGGAGACAGACCAGUCAGAUACUUGAGUUGGGUGUUGGUGGGGAGCCAGAGCAGAACAGACAGCACACAAACGGACCCGGAGGGAAGCUGCUUUUGACGUUCCACCAUGCCGAGGAAGGGAGCUGUGCGGUCUGAUGAUGUGAGUGUGGAUGUAGAAGAUGAGCAGAGCGACAGCGACGACGGGGACACCAAGAGGAGAGGAAACAGGAGACAGGCAGGGGGGGGAGGAAGAGGAGGAGCCAGAGGGCGAGGUCGAGGCAAGAAAGCAGACAGUGAUGAGGAGGACGAGGAGGAUGAAGCUCCCAAAGGACGCAGAGGGGCACAGAACAAGAGACCAGCGAAGAAACGAGGUGGCAAAAAUGAGGAUGAUGAGAGUGAGGAAGAGGCUCCCAAAAACAAGAGAGGAGGCGCAGCCAACAAGAGGAAAGGAGGCAAGGGCCGAGGAGGAGAUGAUGAAGACAGCCCGGCUGAGAAAGGAAAUAAAGGGAAGAAAGGAGGAAAGAAAGGAGGAAAAGAGGAAGAAGACAACAAGGGCAAGAAAGGAGACAAGGGAAAAGAUGAGAAGAACAAGAAAAAGAAGAAGGAUGACAGCUCCUCUGAUUCCAACUCAGACUCAGAUGAGGAGGAGGACUCCAUGUCGGAGGGAGAGAUGGCCCGGUUGAUGGAGGAGGUAGAGGAGAAGAAGAAGCUGAUCGCCACCAUCAGAAACAAGCCAUGGAGGAUGAAACGAAGGCUCGUCCUACUGAGGGAGGCCCAGCAGUUUGUGGAUAAAUUUGAAGGAGCUUUGGGGAAAGGCAAAGGCAGGAAGUGGUACGCUUACAAAGUGAUGAUGACAAAGAAAUGGAUCAAGUUCCAGAGAGAUUUUGAGAACUUCAGGACGGCGUGUAUCCCUUGGGAGAGGAAGAUCAAAGAAGUGGAGAGCCACUUUGGCUCGUCCGUGGCGUCGUACUUCAUCUUCCUGCGCUGGAUGUACGGCAUGAACCUGGUGCUCUUUGGUCUGACCUUUGGACUAGUUGUCAUGCCUGAGGUCUUGAUGGGUCUUCCGUAUGGGUCAAUUCCCAGGAAGACUGUGCCCAGAGCCGAGCAAGACACCGCUCAAGACUACUCCGUCCUCAUGGAUUUCAACGGCUACUGCAAAUAUUCAGUGCUGUUCUAUGGUUAUUACAACAACCAGAGGACCAUCGGUCUGUUGAAGUUCAGGCUGCCUCUGGCCUACCUCAUGGUGGGGCUCGGCACAUUUGGCUACAGCCUGAUGCUCGUCAUCCGCACAAUGGCAAAAAAUGCGGAUGUUGGUGGUGGAGAUGGAGAUGAAGGAGAGUUCACGUUUGCCUGGAAGAUGUUCACCAGCUGGGAUUAUCUGAUCGGCAACGCAGAGACCGCUGACAACAAGUAUGCCUCCAUCACCACCAGCUUCAAGGAGUCCAUCGUGGACGAGCAGGAGAACCAGAAGGAUGAGAACAUUCACCUGCGCAGGUUCCUCAGAGUCCUGGCCAACUUCCUGAUCACCUGCAGCCUCGGUGGAAGCGGCUACCUCAUUUACUUCGUGGUCAAACGGUCUCAGGAGUUCGCCAACAGGGAUGACCUCAGCUGGUAUGAGAAGAACGAGCUGGAGCUCAUCAUGUCUCUGCUGGGCCUCGUUUGUCCUCCUCUCUUUGAGACCAUCGCCGAGCUGGAGGACUACCAUCCUCGAAUCGCCCUCAAGUGGCAGCUGGGACGCAUCUUUGCUCUUUUCCUAGGGAACCUCUACACCUUCCUGUUCGCGCUGUUCGACGAGGUCAACACAAAGCUGGAAGAGGAGGGAUCCAUUAAGAACGCCUCCAUCUGGGCCAUGAAGGAAUACUAUGCAAACUUUUCCCUGCCGGUGAAUGACAGCGAGGCCACCCCACCCCCCAUGGACCCAGGAGACGUGAUCCGAGGGCCCUGCUGGGAGACUGCUGUCGGCAUAGAGUUUGUGAAGCUGACCGUGUCGGACAUUCAGGUGACUUACCUCACCAUCCUGAUUGGUGACUUUGCCAGAGCUGUCAUUGUUCGUUUCCUCAACUACUGCUGGUGCUGGGACCUGGAAGCUGGAUUUCCGUCUUACGGAGAGUUUGACAUCAGUGGGAACGUCCUUGGUCUGGUCUUCAAUCAGGGGAUGAUCUGGAUGGGAGCGUUUUACGCCCCCGGCCUGGUGGGAAUCAACGUGCUGCGCCUCCUCAGCUCCAUGUAUUACCAGUGCUGGGCAGUGAUGGCCACCAAUGUCCCCCACGAGAGAGUCUUCAAGGCCUCCAAGUCCAACAACUUCUAUAUGGGUCUCCUGCUCCUCGUGCUCUUCCUAAGUCUGCUGCCUGUGGUCUACACCAUCAUGUCCCUGCCCCCCUCCUUCGACUGUGGCCCCUUCAGCGGGAAGGAGAAGAUGUUUGACGUGAUCAUGGAGACCAUUGACCUGGAUCUGCCGGCCUUCAUGGGAACGCUUUUUAGCUACGCAGCCAACCCCGGCCUGAUCAUCCCAGCCGUGCUGCUCAUGGUACUGGCCAUCUACUAUCUGAACUCGACGUCAGAGGCUUACCAGAACGCCAACAUGGAACUGAAGAAAAAGAUGCAGAUGGCUCGAGAUGAAGAGAAGAACCGAAGAAACAACACAGACAGCACCAACCAGGUGAUGAAGGACCUGGAGGACCUGCUGCCCAAUCGCUCCCUGGCCCCGCCUGCCCCGCCGGAGCCUGAGAAACCCAAGGAGCCUGAAGGAAAACCGACCAAGACCAGAGGCGGAGCCGCCGGGAAGGGUGUUGACCUGCAGAAAGACGUGAGCCUGGCUUCAUCCAACCCAAACGCUAGAGAGCCCGUGACCCGCGCUCCCGGGGCCAGAGGCCGCGGACAGCCUCCCGGGGGCCGGGGAAGAGGAGGACCCCCUCCAAGAUGACAUCCUUUUUCUUGUACUGGCAACAGUUACACCGUCAGAUGAGGUCAAUUUAGAAUCUACAGUCUUAAAAAACAGAAAAAAAACUGUUAUGUAUAUUUUAAGAUCCACUCCAAUGAAAAUUGUGUUUUUAACAUGUUUUUCUGGCAUUUUUUUCUGACGAUGGAGGUGAUUUGUAAACAGUGGCGGACUUAGCAGUUUGGGGCCCUGGGUGAACAAUAACAUAGGGCCCUCUGUAUUAAUCUUUUUUUUUUUUUAAUCCUUACCUAGGGUAAAUGUCCAUCCAAUAACUUCACUGGUCUACUUUUAACCUAUGUUCACACUUUCAAGAACGCCUGUUUAGCCCAUGGUGUUCACACUGGUCAGGCAGGGAGGGACUUCAUCAUUCUUUCUUUUUGCUUCUGUUUACUAGCACAUGACCACCACCUACAUUUGGAAGUGGCUUGGUGCGACAUGUUGAUGUGGUGCAAAUCUUGCAAUUUGGGGACAAAACUGAAACGGUUUAGUUCAAAUCAAAUCCAACUUUAUUUAUUAAAACAAAACGCUUCUCGUGCAUUGUAGAACUUGAAGCACUUUAACAUUUAGAACAAAAAACACAAUAAUACGAUAAAAACCCAACCCACCCUUCACCCUUCCCACUCCCCUCCAUUAAAACAUACGACCCAUGACCCCACAUACAUUGAAUACUGAUAAAAGUAACUUCUAAAAGAAAUGUAAGGCUUGGCUCUGCUGUGAGGAAACAGUAUUUGGGAAUCUCUUCAUACCAGGAGUCAGCUCGGCCGUGGGAACAUCGCCACAGUGCCCACCCAGACCGGGACAACAAGGGGUCCAAUUCCCAGCCGUGAGGCUCCAAUGUUAAACUCCAGCUGCCCCAGCAAGGGCGACAACCGCGGCAACAACCACCAACCCAGCUGGCAAGUCCUGGCAGAAAAGAUCCCCACAAGAAACACUGGAGCUAAAAUCAUGACAAAAUACUAAAAUUAAAGACAUACAAUGAAUAUGAAGACAUAAAAUUUAGAAAAAAGCAUUUAUAAACCAUUAAAAGAAUGCUUGAUGAAUGAAUGGACAUCAAGAGGGUGGAUGUGUACAGGUGUACAAACUGGACUGGUCAGACAACAAAAGGGUCCUGCACAAAAAGGGUCAGAGUCGCCUCCACCUCCUGAGGAGACUGAGGUCCUUUGGUGUGUGUAGGCCACUACUUAGGACUUUUUACGAAACUGUGGUUGCAUCCAUGACUUUCUAUGCAGUGGUCUGCUGGAGAGGAGGAAUUACAGACAGGGACGAGAAGAAACUGGACAAGCUGGCCAAGAGGACUGGCUUGGUCCUGGGCUGUCCCCUGGACUCAGUGGACUCUGCUGGUGAGAGGAGGAUGCUGACCAAGCUAUCCAGCAUGCGGAACAACCCGUCUCACCUUCUGAAUGAGGCGGUGAAUACCAUGAGCAGCUCGUUCAGCCGCAGACUGCUGCAACCUCAGUGCAAAAAAAAACGCUAAAGGAGGUCCUUUGUCCCAACAGCAAGACUGUACAAUAACUACUGAAACCGCUGCUGUAUUUACUUAUUUAUUUAUGAUGUGUACUUUUACCACCAUUUUCACUAUUACUUUGGUCUUUUUCUCUUGCUAUUUGUUUUCCCAACUGUUAUAUUUCUUUUUUGGUGCUGUAACAACUGAAGUUCACACUGGGAUCAAUAAAGUCAUAUCUUAUCUUA